AUGCUAAGAAGCCAGCUAAGGCCCACCAUUUUUAGGAGAUUGAUGUCGGAACAAGUAACCUUCGGCACUAAAGGUGUGUCACGAGUUGUGACGCUCUCUAGGCCAAAGAAAUUAAACGCCCUUUCGACAGAAAUGUGCAAGAAGAUUAUACCCACUUUACAAGAAUAUGCAAAAAGUGAAGUGACUAAUCUUGUGAUGAUUCGAUCUUCGAAUGCACCACGCUCGCUUUGCUCGGGAGGUGAUGUUGCCACAGUGGCAUUGCAAAACCUGGCUGGCGAAUAUGAUAAGUCAUUCGAGUUUUUCUCAGAGGAGUACUCUCUCAAUUUGUUAUUGGCUACAUACGACCGUCCUGUUGUGGUUUUGAUGGAUGGAAUUACGAUGGGUGGUGGUGUCGGCUUAGCUACUCAUGCACCCUUCCGUGUUGCAACUGAAAACACGCGGUGGUGUAUGCCUGAGAUGGACAUUGGGUUUUUCCCAGACGUUGGAACGACCUUCUCUUUACCCCAAAUCACUACUGUCGGUGGCACGGAAGGUCAGCUCGCCCUUUAUUUGUGUUUAAGUGGUGAUUUACUUUCAGGACCAGACGUUUACAUGGCAGGUUUGGCCUCGCACUACGUGCCCAGCGGCAACCUUCCAGACCUACAGGCAAGAUUGAGCGAGCUGCCCGUUAUUCAAAGUGAGGAAAUAUUUCAAAUGACGAGCGCAGCUUUGGAAGAGUUUUCUACCGGUAUCCCAGAUGAUUAUCAAUUCAAGUACUCGCCCGCUCAACUUGAUACUAUUGAAAAAUGCUUCAAAGUAGGAUUGGGCCUGAAAGGAAUAAUUGGUGCGCUAGAUAGUUUGAUUGCUUCCCCCUCCGCAUCACCUGAAGAAAGAGAGUUCGCGAAAACGACAAAGGAGAAGCUAGCAACAAAAAGUCCUGUUUCCCUUCAGGUUGCAAUUGAACAAUUCCAAAGAAACAUGCACUCGGAUGUUGAGUCAGCUUUGAGGCAAGAUCUUGUCACCGCCACUAACAUGUGCGUAGACCCUGCAUCUGAAUUCUCGCAAGCUACGAAGCAUAAGUUAGUUGAUAAGCAGAAAACGCCAUAUCAAUGGGCCAAGAAUUCACUAACAAUGGAGGAACUUUCACGCUUAGUAUCUCCACGUGCUUCAAAUCCAGUAUCUCUGCUUAAGUUCCCUAACGCCAUCACCUGGAAAAAGUAUCCGCGCCACUCUCUCUUCAUGCUCCCCACUGAACAGCAAUUGAAAGAUUAUAUUACUGGUAAUGACGGCACCGGAAGAUCUCUCGCGGUCUCAAAGGCAGAGGUUAUCAAGUACUUCUCGCAAUUUAAUCAAUCUUCUAAGGGAAAGACAGGUGUUGAUUAUUUGUGUCGCUUGAUUUGCGACAGAAAGUGCACUGUUGGCGAAACAGAAGAACUUCACUGGAAAGAUUAA